AUGCAGCUGCAGCCGUGCACUCUUCAACAAAGUCAGCCUCCGAACUGUAUUGAGUCAGAUGUGUGUGGACAAGAAGCGAAACCAACCUCCAGCUCCACUCCGUCAAAAGCGACCUCUCUGCUUGCGGACACAACCGUCGCCCAGGACCCCGACAACCAAAGCCAUAAACAUGACUACAGUCAUCCGGAAAAUCCCUCGUACAUCCAGUUAGCCACGCUGAUCGCUAGCGGAUCGGGUGAACGAGAGCCACUGACCGACAAGAACGAAACCGACCCGGGAAACUUGGGCAAAAGCCUCGAUCCUGUGUAUCAAUCCGUGAAUCUGGGAACGGGAACGAUACCGGGUUAUUUCAUAUUAUUUUCAUGUCGCACUCAUUUCAGCGUCCUUUAUAUAUGGACAACACACAAUGAAGCACGAUCACACGCAUAG